CACUGUAUAUACAGUAGCUCUAACACAUACACAAGAUAACUCAAUAUUAAGUUAAUCUAGAAUCUAACCUUAUUACUAGCAAAGUAAAUCAAAAUAAAACUUGAUUUGCUUGAAAAGAUGUGAUCAAUGAUCCCUCUAUCGUUUCCACUAUGACAGCAUGUUUCGUUCUUGGGCUGUUUCUUUAGCCUCUAUCCCGGGACGCAUCACAUGCACAUGCAUACAUUCCACUUUACAGUACACGGUAUGUAAACAAGAAUGCCAUGAGAGAGCCAACACAAUUCAAAGUGGAUACUUUCAGAAGAAAUGAAUAAGAGUCUGUUCGAGCAAGAGUUCACUUUGUGAAGGUUUUCAGUCAAUGAUAAUGUGUGCUUCAAGACGGUCGAUGGGUUUGGCUUCUUCCUGCCCUCUGAAUUAGUAAGUACAUGCUAACUCUACAAGCCGGUAUUGCAUCAGAGCUGACCAUCAGAAUUCUGCCUGGUUGAUAUGGUGCUUUGUUUUGGUUUAAGCAAGAAAAUGUAAAUUAGUAAAUACUGGCAGAGAGAAACAAGGAGCAGCUACUUCCAGUGAUAUCCACAGCUCUUAUUGGGAGGGAACUGGGUCACACCCUUCAGCACAUCUUCAACAGGAGCUUGGGACUGGGGAGGGUUCCCCAGCAGUGGAAGAUAUCGUGCAUCAUUCCAGUCCCAAAGAAACCCCAUCCCAGAAAGAUGAACGACUUCAGAACUGUGGCCCUGACGUCGCACGUGAUGAAGACCAUGGAACGACUGGUGCUUCAUCACCUCAGGCCACAGACCUGCCACGCCCUUGACCCCCUACAGUUUGCUUACCGGGAAAAGGUGGGAGUGGAAGAUGCCAUCGCCUUCCUGCUACACCGAUCUCUCUCUCACCUUGACAGAGGCAGCGGUGCUGUGAGAAUUACAUUUUUGAAUUUCUCCAGUGCCUUCAACACCAUCCAGCCUCUGUUCCUGAGGGACAAGCUGUCUGGGAUGGGAGUGGGUUCCCACCUAGUUGCCUGGAUAAGUGACUACCUGACCAGCAGACCUCAGUAUGUGAGACUGGGGGACUGCAGGUCUGACACGGUGGUCAGCAACACGGGAGCGCCGCAGGGGACUGUGCUCUCUCCUGUCUUGUUUACCCUGCACACGUCCGACUUUCAGCACAACUCAGACCUCUGCCAUGUGCAGAGAUUUGCGGACGACACUGCCAUUGUUGGCUGUAUCAGGAGUGGAAAGGAGGAUGAGUACAGGGAGCUUAUCCAUGACUUUGUCAAAUGGUGUGACAGCAAUCAUCUGCUCCUAAACACCGCCAAGACCAGGGAGAUGGUUGUGGAUUUCCGGAGAUCCAGGGUGCACCCAGAACCAGCUCAUCAAAGGGGACUGUGUGGAGGUGGUGCACACCUACAAAUACCUGGAGUACAGCUGAAUGACAGGCUGGACUGGACCACCAACACAGAUGCUCUGUGUAGGAAAGGACAGUCGUCUGUACUUCCUUAGAAGGCUCGCAUCCUUCAAUGUCUGCAGGAAGCUGCUACAGACCUUCUACCAAUCUGUGGUAGCAAGUGCCCUCCUGUACUCAGUGGUGUGCUGGGGGGACAGCCUAAAGAAGAAGGAUGCCUGGACAAACUAAUAAGGAAGGCAGGCUCUGUUGUAGGCACAGAACUGGACAGUCUGACAUCCAUAGCUGAGCGACGCACACUCAACAGGCUCCUGUCCAUCAUAGACAGUCCACACCAUCCACUACACAGCACCAUACACAGACAGAGGAGCAGCUUCAGUGACAGACUGCUGUCAGUGUCCUGCUCCACAGAAAGACUGAGGAGAUCAUUCCUCCCCCAUGCCAUCAGACUCUUCAACCUGCAUCAUACAUGACACAAACACACAAACACACAUGUACAUGUUCAUUUCAUUCUU